GAACUUAAUUACUUAAUGACUUAAUGACUUAAUUACCAAGCGUUGGGAGCAGUGUGAGGAAACAAUAAGAAAAUACCGUGGUCAAGUUACUUUACGGUUAAGAAAAUGUAAGAAGAUUUAAACUUUCAAAGAAAAACUGUGAUUUUUAUCACCAAACGAAUUUAAGAUUCAUGAAAGUUAAAAAAUCGCAUUGGUUUAGUCGUUAGAUCAGUAUAAUCCAUUUCAAAUAAACAAAUAAAAGCAUAUUUGUUAAAAAGGUUUACAAAUUAAAUAGCCAAUUAGCUUAGGACAUUAUCCGGCCAAUGGUUGCGCAGGGUCCGUCCCGCGGGGUUAUCCGGCGGUCGCUCGACCCUCCCGGCCGAUGGGGGCCGGUAAUACACCGUGGAGUGGAUUCGAACCCACAACCACAGGAAGAAGAAGAAGGUGACGCGUCAGGAGGAAGGAGCAACAUGGCGCUGGUUCCGUACACAGAGAACGCUCUGCCAGCGCUGGCAAAGCUGCACAACUCAACCGCAACCUUUCACCUGGCGGGCCGCGAAGUCCUCCUGAACCAGGACUGGAGGAAGUCCGGGGUGGCGGCGGUCGUCUGGGACGCAGUGAGUUAUACACGUGUGGGCGGUGGUGCUGGCCCUGUACCUGGAGCUGGCCCCGGUGGAGCUCAGGGGCCGCCCGGUCAUCGAGCUAGGCGCGGGGACGGGGCUGGUGGGCAUCGUGGCCGCUCUGCUCGGAGCCCGGGUCACCAUCACAGACCGGGAGCCCGCCCUGGAGCUGCUCUCGGCCAACGUGCGGGCCAACGUCCCGGCGGACCUCCGGCCGGGCUCGGCGGAGGUCUCGGAGCUGAGCUGGGGCUCGGGCCUGGAGCGCUACCCCGCCGGGGGCUUCGACCUGGUGCUGGGCGCCGACAUCGUGUACCUGGAGGACACGUUCCCGGCGCUGCUCGCCACGCUGGACCACCUGUGCUCCGACACCACGGCGGUCCUGCUGGCCUGCAAGAUCCGCUACGAGCGCGACUCCCGCUUCCUGGAGCUGCUGAGGGAGCGCUUCUCCGUGGAGGAGGUCCACUUCGACCGGCAGCGCGACAUCCACGUGUACCGCGCCGUGAAGCGGGCGCCGAGGGCGGAGCUAUGAGCGCGGACCUCCGGGGACGACGCCGUCGGGACCCGCCUUGACGGGGGGGGGGGGGGGGGGGGGGACACAUUUCGUGGAGGUACGCCACAGCCGCUGGAUCCAGAUGGAUUAUUACCAGCGACGCGAUUCCCAAAAGAGGUGUUUGCUCAUGGGCAUGGCUGGAGUCGAACCCCGGACCCCCGGACGCACUGGGUCCAGACUUUAACCCGGGUUCUGUUCUACACAUGCGCAGACGAGCGGUACCAGAAACACAUUUAUUAACAGCUGCCAGAAAUGUAAUAUUUAGAGGAAGUCCUCUAGUGACUACUUUUCAUUUAGGGUUUGGUGCUGACAUAUAGAAAUACAUCGUAUACAAAAUCAAUGAAAAUGGCAUUUGGCAAAAUAAUAAAAAAAAGCUUGCUAUGUCGGAUGACUAUAUGUAAUAUCGAAAGAAUACACCGUGGCGACGUCGCUCCCAAAGCCGUUUGUUCUGUGUUCCGUGUCUCGUGGUUUUCCCGCCUUUUUUUCUUUUUACUUUACAGAAUCGUUGGCGUCCAUUUUGUCCAGCGUCACACCUCCUCCCGCUCCGAUUCAGAAACCAGGGCAACGGUUUGGGUUCCAGUUUGGUUUUAAACGGGUGAUUCGAAAAUAAAAAGGUCAACUUUA